AUGGAUUCAGUGACGGACGGAGGUGAGGGAAGGACACAAAAGAUGGCAGCGGAGAUGGCCAUAAGUUAUCAAACAUUCUCCUUCUUCUCCUUUCCUCAUCUGUCAUAUCCACACGACUGGCUCCAUCACUCGCCGUCAGACGCCACAGGUAGCCGCCGCAGCUCUCCCGCCACACUGCACCACCACGGCUUCACACCUCAGAGUUACAGCCACAGCAGGCACCAAGUCUGCUUUUGGAACCUAAAGGGCCGUGUUGUUGUCGGACUGAUGUCGCAGUUCUAA